AUGAGGAUCGUAGAUAUCCACGGCAGUGGGGGCUCCGCGGAGAGGGCUUUCCAGGAGCCAGCGGCGAAACAGCAGCAGACCAUACAGACUGCCCCUCAAGUGCAGGCACAAGAAAAAGAAGACGAGGCGGCGUCCGAAAAGUCUUCAACCUCAGUCACAACCAAGGAUCUGGAGCAACUAUGGCAGUGGAACCAGAAUGUCCCUCCUCUGCUGCAGCGAUGUAUGCACAGCAUUAUAACUGAACAAGCCGCAAAACAACCCGAUGCCGUGGCCGUCCAGUCAUGGGACGGCUCCCUCACCUACGCCGAGUUGAACCAGCUCUCCACCCGGCUGGCGAGCCAUCUCGUCCAGAACAAGGGUGUCACAGUCGGCACCAGAAUACCGCUGUGCUUCGAGAAGUCCAUGUGGGCGCUCGUCGGCCUCCUUGGUGUCAUGAAGGCCGGCGCCACCUUCUGCCUCACAGAUCCCAGCCAGCCCGAGGCGAGGUUGCAGACGAUCGUAGAGCAGACGGGCGCCAGGAUCGUCGUUACCUCCAAGCUCCAGAGCGAGCUCGGUAGCAAGAUUGCUGGAGAGGGCGAGGUCAUCGCCGUCUCCAGGGAGUUCCUGAAUAUUCUCGAACAGGACCAGUCAUUAGAGGCGGUAGCUUUACCGUUCGUCCCUCCUUCCUCGCCAAUGUACGUCAUCUUCACCUCAGGAAGUACGGGCAAACCAAAGGGUGUGGUGAUCUCGCACGAGAACUAUACGAGCGGCGCCAUUCCCAGAGCGGAGGCGGUGGGAUACCAGGGCAGCACACGCUGCUUCGAUUUCCCCUCGUAUGCCUUUGAUGUCAGUAUCGACUGCAUGCUCUGCACGCUGGCCUUGGGUGGGAGAGUAUGUGUGCCAUCCGAGGAGGAGAGGAUGAACGAUCUAAGCGGUGCCAUCCGAAGGAGCAAGGCAAACAUGGUUCACAUGACCCCCUCGGUAGCGAGAGUCCUGGACUCAGACAUCAUCCCUUCCCUGGACUAUCUUGGUUUGGGAGGUGAAGCUGUUUCGUCCAGUGAUGCGGCAGCGUGGGGCCAGCACACGAAUCUCGUUAUUGCAUAUGGCCCCUCGGAAUGUACCGUCGGCUGCACCAUUAACAACAAGGUCCUGGUAUCGACCGGUAUCGGUUGGGGAGUUGGAGGUGUUACUUGGAUUGUGGACCCGGAAGACCACAACCGCCUCACACCGGUGGGAGAGGUCGGUGAGCUUAUCAUUGAGGGCCCCGUCGUGGGUAUCGGAUAUCUCGACGAGCCGGAGAAGACAGCGGAGGUAUUCAUCGAGAACCCAACGUGGCUCCUGGAGGGCUACGGCAACAUCUCGGGACGCCACGGCCGUCUCUAUAAGACCGGUGACCUUGUCAAGUAUGAGGAUAACGGCUCCGGCCUGAUCGAGUUUGUAGGUCGGAAGGAUCAGCAAGUGAAGCUGAGGGGCCAGCGAGUUGAACUCGCAGAAGUUGAGCACCACCUUCAGCUCUCUCUCCCUGCCGGCGUCAAGGUCGCUGCCGAAGUCAUCAAGCCCGAGAAUGGCGCUCCGUCACUCAUCGCCUUCUUGUCAGAGCGCUCUGGCUCAUAUACUCCGCCCGCCUCAGAGGAGAUAUUUACGGAACCUUCACCAGAGCUCGAGACCGCUAUUUCGAAUAUCGACUCAACCAUGGGCGCUCGGGUUCCUAGGUAUAUGGUCCCGGCGGCCUUUAUCACACUGGUUGAGAUGCCUGUCUUGGUAUCCCGUAAAAUAGACCGUAAGAAGCUUCGCCAGAUCGGUGCUUCUAUCCCGCGAGAGAAGCUGAGCCGUAUGCAAACAUCCGAUGUUGAGGAGGAGGAGCCUGAAACGCCAGAGGAGAAACAGUUACAAGCCGCUUGGGUCAAGGUGCUCGGAAGCAACACGAAGGCGUACAGGCAGAGUAACUUUUUCCACUUGGGAGGUGACUCUCUCAGAGCCAUGAGGCUCAUUGCCGCGGCUCGCGAGGAAGGAUUAUUGCUUACUGUCGCUGACGUCUUCACUAAUCCACUAUUGAGUGACAUGGCUCAGAAGACGAGCAAGAUUUCCCAGACAGAGUCUAACGAGAUUCCACCAUUCUCCCUCCUCGAGAAGGAUUGGAGUGUCGAAGCAGCGAAGAAGGAAGUGGCAGAUCUCUGCAACAUUGAUCCCGAGGUUGUAGAGGAUGUUUACCCCUGUACCCCCUUACAAGAAGCAUUGAUGGCCCUCUCAGCCAAGGUCAAGGAGGCAUAUGUGGCCCAGCGGGUGGUGAACUUGGAUAGCCAGGCCACAGCUGACAAACUCAUCUCGGCUUUCGAUGUUGCCCAGAAUGACUGCGCAAUCCUGAGGACGAGAAUUGUCCAAGUACCUGGACGGGGCUUGAUGCAGGUCGUGGUCAAGGGUAAACUAAACUGGUUUGCUGGUACUCUACUCAACGACUAUCUCGUCUCCGAUAGAGACGAAGCAAUGGAUCUUGGAAAGCCUCUGGUGCGCUAUGCUGUUAUUAACGAGCAGCCGGAGGGCCAAGUGAGCUUCGUUCUCACUAUGCACCAUGCUCUCUAUGAUGGAUGGUCAAUGCCAAUUGUCGUUGACCGAAUCAACAAGGCAUACCAAGGAGAAAACGUGAGCCGCCCCGCAGAAUUCAAGCACUUCAUCCAAUACCUGUUGAACCAGGACCGCUCUUUAUCUGAGAAGUACUGGAAAGAGCUCCUCGAGGGCGCAAACGGACCUCAGUUUCCCUCACUGCCCUUCAAGGGAUAUCAGACCCAAGCCGACUCGCUCUUGGAGGUCUAUGUUCCCCUGGAGCAUCAAUCUGCGUCCAGCACGACAACGGCCACAAUUAUCAGGGGUGCCUGGGCAUUUGUUGCUUCCAAGUACAUCAACACUCCUGACGUUAUAUUCGGAGAGACUCUAACAGGACGAAAUGCUCCCAUUAUCGGAGCGGAAGAGAUUGAGGGUCCCAUGAUUACCACAAUCCCCGUCCGUGUCCAGGUAUACGGCGACAGCACUGUCGCAGAAUAUCUCCAGGAGAUCCAGGAGCAGACUGUGUCCAAGAUUCCUCAUGAGCAUUUCGGCCUGCAACACAUCCGUCGCCUGAGCCCCGAUGCUCUGGAAGCUUGCGAGCUCAGGACCGGCCUGGUUCUUCACCCAAGCGCUGGAGACGAGCCGCCCUUGGCUGAGGACCUCCCUGCCAACAGGCUCGUCCCCGCAGGCGAUGACGAGGCCGCCCAGGAGGCGCUCAAGUUCAACACUUAUGCUCUCAUGCUUGUGUGCUCGAUAGACCCCACGGGAUUCCUCGUCAUGGCGAGCUUUGAUUCCAAGACUAUCUCGAAACCUAUCAUGGAGCGAGCACUGCAGCAGCUAAAGCAGGUAUCUCAACAGCUGUGUGAAAAAUCUAAAGAGCGUUUAGAAAACAUCACAUACCUUGUAGCGAAGGACGAGGAGGAGAUCCGAGGAUUGAGCCAGAGCACCGUCUUUAUUGAUGCACCGGAAGGGUUCCCUUCGGCCAAAUCGGCUUACAUCGUCAAUCCCAAGAACUCAAAUGUCCUUACCCCUGUUGGCGGUAUUGGAGAGGUCAUCUUGUGCUCUCCCAGUGAGUUGGAACUGAAGGAGAUCCAAGCGCCUUCGUGGGCUGCAGGCCAAUCCGAGGGCACUCGAUUCUACAGAACAGAGAAGCUGGCCAAAUCUGAUCUCGAAGGCAAGAUCACCUUUGCCAAUGAGUCGCAACACAAAUCCGAUACUGUUGUUGACUCUCGUGGCCCUCGCAAGUACUUGUCAGCGACUUCAAGGAAACAGAGAAAACUAAGGAGCAUCUGGAGCCGUGUCUUGCGUGUCCCAGAGGAUGACAUCGGUCUGAACGAUAGCUUCUUUCACAUUGGAGGUGACUCGAUCGCUGCCAUGAAGCUAGUCUCCGAGGCUAGAGUGGAAGGAAUCGUUCUCACGGUCGUUCAAGUCUUUAACAAGCGGACCUUGUACGAUAUGGCCAAUGUGAUGGAGGAGCAUGGUGAUGCUAUCCCCACGCUGGAAACGGUUCCUGAGUUCUCUCUCCUGGGAGUUGAGAACACGGAUGACUUUGUUGAAAAGAUUGUACGGCCACAGCUAUCCAACCCUGCCGGAAAGAUUGUCAACGUGCUGCCAUCCCGCCCGCUCCAGGAGAUUGCCGUCAAGGGAACCGUCCAGAUUCCUCGCUUUUCCGCGCGAUACGAGCUCAUGUACUUUGACGGGAUCGUCGACCGCCAGCGUAUCAUGAAGAGCUGCCGAGAUCUUGUUGCCAGGAACGAAAUUCUCCGAACGGUGUUUGUACAGCAUGAGGGGGAGAGUUACGCUGCUGUUUUGGAGGAGCUCGAGGCCGAGUUUGUAGAGUACGAGAUUGACAGUGAGGUAGAGGACUUUGCCAAGAAGGUUUGCCAGUUGGAUGUUCUGACCAAGAUGCCUCUUGGCUCAGCCUUUGUUAAGUGGUACCUCAUCAAGGGAGGGGACGGCAAGCAAUCUUGCCUGAUCUUCCGAAUCUCACAUGCCCAGUACGACGAGAUCUGCCUCCCUGUCCUUCUCCGCCAGCUGUCCGCCCUAUAUGAAGGCCAGCCUGUGAAGGAUACUAUCCCCUUCUCUGCCUACGUCGGGCACGUCCUCCGCAAGAGCAUCCCCAACAGUGUUCCGUACUGGAAGGAUCUUCUUCAGGGCUCCUCGAUCACCAUAUUGAAACCCGACACUCCGGCUGUUCACAAGAAGCACUUUGCCAUAGAAAGAUCCCUGGAUAUCUCAACACGCCCACGAGAAAUCACCGCGGCCACCCUCCCCACGGCCGCGUGGGCACUCUGCCUCGCCAAACGCCUCUCCCUCCGCGACGUCACCUUUGGCGAGGUCGUGAGCGGCCGCAACAUCGACUUCCCCAACGCCGACACCGUCGUCGGCCCCUGCUGGCAGUACAUACCUGUGCGCGUCAAGUUCGACCCCUCCUGGACGGGGCUCGACCUCCUCGACUACGUCCAGCACCAGCACAUCGCAAGCUCCGCGCACGAGUCCCUGGGCCUGAAAGAGAUCGUCAAGCAGUGCACGGACUGGCCCUCGACGACGGACUGGUUCGACACUGUCGUGCACCAGGACGUCGAGCACGUGGAGAGCCUCGGUCUUACGGGAACCGCCAGCCGCAUGGAGACGGUUUAUCUUCAUGAGGAGCCGCUCAAGGAGUGGAAGAUCCAGGCCUUCUUCCAGGGCGACAAGCUGACCCUUGAGAUUGUCACCAUUGACAGUUGGUCAGAGUACGCACAUUCACUGCUGGAUGAUCUCGUUGGUGUGAUGCAGCAGCUGGUCCAGCAGGCCCAUGCGCCGCUUUUUGAGUAG